AUGUCUCCGACGACGUUGAAUCUCGUUUUCUUCUCCUUCCUCGUUUUCACUCUGUUCUCCUUCGUUUCGUCUGACGAUCUCCAAGUCUUACUCAAGCUCAAAUCAACGCUCGCGAAUUCGAAUCCUAGAGUUUUCGAUUCGUGGAAGGAAAAUUCCGGUGCCGGUGCCGGUCACUGUCGCUUCACCGGAGUAACCUGCAAUUCUAGAGGAUCCGUUACAGAAAUCGAUCUCUCCCGUCAUGGUUUAACUGGUAAUUUCCCGUUCGAUUCCGUUUGCGAGCUCAAGAGUCUCGAGAAACUCUCUCUCGGAUUCAAUUCACUCUCCGGAAAAAUCCCCAGCGAUUUGAAGAACUGUACGAAUCUGAAAUAUUUAGAUCUCGGGAACAAUCUCUUCUCCGGUACUUUCCCUGAUUUCGCCGAUCUAAAUCAGUUACAGUAUCUGUAUCUAAACAGCAGUGCGUUUUCCGGUGUGUUUCCUUGGAAUUCGCUACGAAACGCGACGGGUCUCGUCGUUUUGAGCCUCGGCGAUAAUCCGUUUGAUCCGACGGUUUUUCCCGAUGAGGUUGUUACUCUGAAGAAACUCUCGGUUCUCUACUUGUCGAAUUGCAGCAUCACCGGGAAAAUCCCACCAGCGAUCGGAGAUUUGACGGAGCUUCAGAAUUUGGAGGUUUCCGAUAGCAGUCUCACCGGAGAGAUUCCGCCGGAGAUCGUGAAACUCACUAAACUCUGGCAGUUAGAGCUUUACAACAACAACUUGACCGGAAAAUUUCCUCCGGGAUUCGGAAACUUGAAGAAUCUCACUCACUUGGAUGCUUCCACGAAUAAUCUAGAAGGGGAUUUAUCGGAGCUCAGGACUCUGACUAAUCUCGUUUCUUUACAAAUGUUCGAGAACGGAUUCUCCGGCGAGAUUCCGCCGGAGUUUGGAGAGUUCAAGGAUCUUGUCAAUCUUUCUUUGUAUACAAACAAGUUAACCGGUCCUCUGCCUCAAGGACUCGGUUCUCUUGCCGAUUUCGAUUUCAUCGAUGCGUCGUCGAAUUUUCUAACUGGACCGAUCCCUCCAGAUAUGUGCAAAAAAGGGAAGAUGAAAGCUCUUCUUCUUCUUCAAAACAAUCUCACAGGAUCAAUUCCGGAGUCAUACGUCAACUGUUUGAGUCUGAACCGUUUCAGAGUUGCCGAAAACUCGCUAAACGGAACAGUUCCCGCCGGGCUUUGGGGCUUACCGGAGCUCGAGAUCAUCGAUUUAUCGAUGAAUCGCUUCGAAGGUCCGAUCACGGCGGAUAUAAAAAACGCGAAAAUGCUCGGAACGUUGAAUCUAGAGUUCAACAAGUUGUCUGAUGAGUUGCCUGAGGAGAUAGGUGAAGCGAAAUCUUUAACUAAGGUUGAGCUUAACAAUAACCGGUUUUCCGGGAAGAUUCCAAGCUCCAUUGGGAAACUUAAGGGACUUAGCAGUCUAAAGAUGCAGAGUAAUGGCUUCUCUGGUAACAUACCGGACUCGAUCGGAUCUUGUUCGAUGCUCAGCGAUCUAAACAUGGCUCAAAACUCGCUAUCGGGCGAGAUCCCGCACACGCUAGGAUCACUUCCGACGCUUAACGCUUUGAAUCUUUCGGACAAUAAGCUCUCUGGGAGAAUCCCAGAGAGUUUGUCGUCUCUAAGGCUUAGUCUUCUUGAUCUGACAAACAACAGAUUAUCAGGUCGUGUCCCUCUGAGUUUGUCAUCGUAUAACGGUAGCUUCAAUGGAAACCCUGGACUAUGCAGCACGACGAUCAAAUCCUUUAACCGGUGUAUAAACUCUUCAGGAUCGCAUCGAGAGACACGCAUCUUCGUCUUGUGUGUAGUUUUUGGUUCACUGAUCUUGCUUGCGUCUCUUGUGUUUUUCUUGUACCUGAAGAAAACCGAAAAGAAGGAAAGGCGAACGCUGAAACACGAAUCUUGGAGCAUAAAGUCGUUCCGAAGGAUGAGUUUCACUGAAGAUGAUAUCAUCGAUUCGAUCAAAGAAGAGAAUUUGAUCGGUAGAGGAGGUUGCGGCGAUGUGUACAGAGUAGUACUUGGUGAUGGUAAAGAACUCGCUGUAAAACACAUUCGGAGGAGUAGUACAGACAGUUUUACUCAGAAGAACUUCAGCAGCUCGAUGCCGAUUCUCAAUGAAAAGGAAGGAAGAUCGAAAGAGUUUGAAACAGAGGUGCAAACACUAAGCUCGAUACGGCACUUAAACGUGGUGAAACUCUAUUGUAGUAUCACGAGCGAUGACUCGAGUUUGUUGGUGUACGAGUACUUGCCUAAUGGGAGCUUAUGGGACAUGCUUCACACGUGCAAGAAGUCGAAUCUCGGUUGGGAAACACGGUAUGAUAUAGCUCUUGGUGCAGGGAAAGGGCUUGAGUACUUGCAUCAUGGAUACGAGAGACCGGUGAUUCACCGUGAUGUUAAAUCAAGUAACAUAUUGCUAGAUGAGUUCUUGAAACCUAGGAUUGCCGAUUUCGGUCUUGCCAAGAUUCUUCAAGCCAACAAUGGUGGUCUAGAUUCCACUCAUGUCGUUGCAGGAACAUAUGGCUACAUAGCUCCAGAGUAUGGAUACUCGUCGAAAGUGACUGAGAAAUGCGAUGUCUACAGCUUCGGAGUUGUGUUAAUGGAGCUAGUCACUGGGAAAAAACCGAUAGAGGCGGAGUUUGGAGAGAGCAAAGACAUAGUGAAUUGGGUUAGUAACAGCCUGAAGAGCAAAGAGAGUGUUAUGGAGAUUUUGGACAAGAAGAUAGGAGAAAUGUAUAAAGAUGAUGCAAUCAAGAUACUAAGGAUUGCAAUCCUCUGCACCGCAAGACUACCUGCUCUAAGGCCGACGAUGAGGAGCGUGGUUCAGAUGAUCGAAGACGCGGAACCGUGUAGAUUGAUGGGGAUUGUGAUUAGCAGAGAAAGUGACAUGAAGAUCAAAGAAAUAAGUUGA